GAUAGAAACAUUUACAUUGCAACUAGAAACCAGAGAGGUUCAAUUAAGUUUGAUUCAAAUUCGAACAAAGAACGUACACCACCUCCGCCAUCAUGAAAAUCGCCGUGUGUUUUGCAGCUUUAUUUGUUAUCAGCUUUGCAGCGCCAAUCUAUGAAGGCGACGAAAAUAAGGUGGUAGAAGAAGCAACAGCUACGGGAGAGGUGAAUGCUGUAUCUGUACGUGAAAGAGAAGUAGAAAAACAGUUGGGAGAUCUAACGGUGGCAGAAGAAAACCGUGAAGUAGACGAAUUGGAGGAUCUAGAAGUCGAAGAUCAGUCCGACGUUAAAGAUGAUGCCAGAGAGCAGUCCGACGUUGAGGAUGAUGCCGAAGAUCAGGCCGACGUUGAGGAUGAUGCUGAAGAUCAGGGCGACGUUGAGGAUGAUGCCGAAGAUCAGGCCGACGUUGAGGAUGAUGCUGAAGAUCAGGCCGACGUUGAGGAUGAUGCGGAAGAUCAGGCCAACGUUGAGGAUGAUGCCGAAGAUCAGGCCGACGUUGAGGAUGAUGCCGAAGAUCAGGCCGACGUUGAGGAUGAUGCCGAAGAUAAGGCCGACGUUGAGGAUGAUGCCAGAGAUCAAUCCGACGUUGAGGAUGAUGCCAGAGAUCAAUCCGACGUUGAGGAUGAUGCCAGAGAUCAAUCCGACGUUGAGGAUGAUGCCGAAGAUCAGUCCGACGCUGAGGAUGAUGCCGAAGAUCAGUCCGACGCUGAGGAUGAUGCCGAAGAUCAGUCCGACGUUGAGGAUGAUGCCGAAGAUCAGUCCGACGUUGAGGAUGAUGCCGAAGAUCAGUCCGACGUUGAGGAUGAUGCCGAAGAUCAGUCCAACGUUGAGGAUGAUGCCGAAGAUCAGUCCAACGUUAAAGACGGUGCCGAAGAUCAGUCCAACGUUGAAGACGGUGCCGAAGAUCAGUUGGACGUUGAGAACGAUGUUGAAAAUCAUUCUGAAGGUAACUAUAACAAUAAGUACGACGCUUUAGAAGAUAAUUCUGAAAAUCUCCACACGCAAGGUAACUCUGACGCACAUGAUACAGGCGAUGUGUUGGAAGAUGAAUCCGACAGAUCCGAUACAGAAUUCGAGAAAUCAAAUGAUGACACUAACGAUAAGAUCGACAAUGAAUCAGUAGUCGUCAACAAGGACGAGGGACAGGUGGAGGACACAGAAGAGGAAUCCAGCUUAGAUAUGGACUUAGUAUGGCCACAAUAGGUUGGAGUGUAACUUCUCUCUUAAAUUUAUGUUAUUAGUUCAGUCUUAAAUAAUACAAAAAAUUUGUAUAAA